AGCAAACAAACUAGAACUAGUGUAGUCGGGUGUCUAGACUGCUGUCCGUUAAACGUUAAGUAAAACUUGGAACCCUACGGAAAGCAUAAGAAGCUAGCCUAAAAAUUGAAUCAGUUUAUACAAGCUCGUCACAAAGAUAUUGGAUCAAAAGGCGGCUAGUUAAGGAUUGAAGGUCAAGUAUUAAAACUAUGGCACGUGGUCAACAAAAAAUACAAAGUCAACAAAGAAAUGCUAAAAAGCAAGCUGAUUUAAAAAAACCUACUAUAGAUUCAAAAAAAGCUGCUGCUAAAGCACUACAUUAUACUUGUCCUAUAUGUAAAACACAAGUACCUGAUAUUAAAACAUAUAAACAACAUUUUGAAAAUAAACAUCCAAAAAAUUCAUUACCACAAGAAUUAAUUGAAAUUGUUUAAAUGAUUCAAUUAUUAAACUAAAAACAAAAAAAAAGAUUCAUUCAUAGUUAACUAUUUUUUAAUUUUCCCUUAUACAAGUUGUAAUAAUUAAUCUUUUCUAAAAUAAUGUAUUAAACAUAUAAAUUUCAUUGUUUUCUC